AUGUCUACCAAGCUCUUCGCCUUCACAUCUCUCCUAGCUUGCGCCGCAGCUCGUCCCACACUCUCUGGGCGUCGCGCAGAUCGCUCCGACUGCUGGCAAACCAACCCAGGAACCGUCUUCUACAACUGCGCGAACGGCUACAUCGGCUGCUUCUACCAGAGUCCCUGCGAUCUCCCGCCGCUACCCAGCACCACUUCCACCACUCCUGCUCCUACCUCCACCCCCAAAGCCCCGGAGGUUCACGAGAUUACUAAACCCCGCUCCUUCAACAUCUACGUCCUCAGCGAAGCCCAGCACAACGUCCAAGACCAAGUCCCGCACGUCGACCUUAACAAGCCUGCUGAUAGUCGUACUACGACCACCAACGCCAUGGUCUUCGACAACGUCCCCACCGGCGCUAAGAACUGCCGUCUCAAUUGGCGUAGUACCGAGGCCAACGACUCAAACAAUUUCUUCGUCAAAGGCAACGGGCAGGCGUGGCACCGCCAGCUCACGGGCUUCCCUACCAAGGAGGAAAUCGUGUCCUACGAUGGGUUGAAGCCGUACCAGGAUCCGGAGGCUGACUGGAGCCCCAGCCUGGAUUUCACCGGGUGGCCGGAGAGCCCGGCCGAUCACGUUGGACCAGCAUUGAAGUGUGGAGAGCAGGUUGCGGUUGAAUUGAAGGGGAGUGAUGAGGGGGAGCAGGAGAAUAGGAUCUUCAUCACGCUUACUGAGACGAAUGGGUUUUAUCUGGCGUACGAGCUAUAG